AUGGGGCUAGAUUAGAGGCAAGCAGCUAGCAAAACUAUAUACUUUAUUAGUAUCAUUCGACUCCUGGAAGACUGAAAAGCACUUUGGAGCUGUUUAGAACAUCAUAACUCUCGCAGCAAGAAAGAUAAACAAGCUAGAAGUCAGCUCAGAAAAACGGGACCUUACUUCUGCAAGAUAAACUAAACAGGAAGUAGAAAAAAUAUAAACGACGCUGGCCAUCUGACUAAUGGCUAGUAGACAAGUUCCAUCCUGUGGUUGGGUCUGUGAGGAUUGUCUUGAAGCCAACCCCUGUAACACUGAUCUCCUGAACACAGAAUGCUUAUUCCAGUCCCACACAGGAGUGCUUGUUCUUGUAGCCAUCAGUGAUGACUGGAUACUGGAGCAAAUCAGACCAAUGCCGUACAAAUUACCACCCCCAUGGAGGAAGACAUUUUCCCUCUGUAAGAAUGCAGAUGGGUUGUGUGAUUUUGGGGACGUUUGCAUGUUUGCUCACAGCAAUUAAAGCAGAGCAAGGUGGGUGGAAUGCUAUGUUAGUGAAAUCUGAGGAUGACAGCAAGCAUGAAAGUAUGCAGCCAAGGGAACAAGCUUUCUCCAUACACCAAAUCAAUCCACAACAUCAGGCCCCACCAUUAACAGCUCAAGGGAGAGGUUAUCGGAGUUUGAGUCAAUCGCAUUCUACAACUCCAACAGCUCCUACGGUUGGCCGUAGUCAGCCCCAAUUGUCCCCACCCCCAAUUAUGUCCAGCCUCAUGCACCCUCAUUCUCCCUCCAGUGGGGGUGUUCCAGACGUAGUACAUGCCCCUUUAUCUCCGGAGAACUAUAAGAGCAAGUUCACUGAACUGCUCAAAUUGGAGGAAAUCGAACAUCAGAGGGUGCUUGACGAAAAAUGCAAUGGAGAGUACAAUCUGUUUCUCUAUCAGCAUGGGACUAAACCACCAGCUCUGAGACGACCGCUCGAUGUUCAGUAUCGUCGCUAUGGCUACUUGGAAAAUAUCAACGGAGACCAAGUUGCAUAUGCAACCCAAUCCAGUCAAGGCUCGAUUUAUAUCCUCAACCUCGGCCAAGUGAAUAUCUGCAAAGCUGAUAUUCUUCAAGACAACUACUCCUAUACUGAGGAGAAGCUGUAUAUUGGGUUUGAAGCCCAAGAGGAGCAAAAAUUACAACGUAAAGUGGUAAAUGUAGAUUUUACGCAAAUGAGAGUUGUUGUGAAGUUCAUGUUAAAGCAUUCGUAUUUCCAAAAUCUCAAGUCUUGUGUAUCGAAAGCAGCCGUACCUAUCAUCCACAAAAUUGUCCCUAAUCCUCGUACUUUCAGCCAAGAGCCAAUUGAUAUUCAAAUCAAUCUCAAACGUUACAAAACCCUCUGUUCUCCUGAUCAACUUGAUGCAUUACAGGCCAUUCUAACCUGCUCCCCCCAAGGCCCACCUAAUAUCAUAGUUGGGUCGUUUGGUACGGGAAAGACGCGUAUCUUAGCAAUGGCUGCCAGCUGCUUCUUUACUGAAGCUCGUGUCAAACAGCAACCUGCUCGUAUUCUAGUGUGCACUCAACAGCGAGAGUCUGUGGAUAAUUUCUAUGACCACUAUCAAAAUUUGAUGGCUGGCAAAGAGGAUGACAUUGAAGUGAUUAUUCUAAAGGAUCGUGGCUUCAAGCAUUUUGACUCAAGAUUUCUAGGAAUGCAACAGAAUCAUCUUGUGAUGUCGACAUGCAUGAUGGUGCAUGAGCUGGUUAGAGAUCUUGGUGAUCGAUUCUUCACUCAUAUUCUGAUUGAUGAGGGAGCCCAGAUGCGGGAGCCUGAGGCUAUUGCCCCCCUCUCUCUGGCUCAUCCUGGUACAACCAAGAUUGUGAUCGCAGGAGAUCAGCAUCUAAAGGUUGGUUCAGCGAUGUUUGUGUUUGGAGAGGUCCCAUUAUCGUGUGGUCUUGCCACUUCGUUACUAGAGCGACUGCACUCAUCGUACAAGCGACUCCGACAAGAAUCCUACAUCUCCACACUUGUAACCAACUAUCGAUCUCACCCGGACAUCUUUGAGCUUCCGUCGUCCCUGUUUUACGAGGCCACCCUGAUUGCACCGUCUGAUCGUGACCCUCCAUCCCUACACCCCCUCUACCCCUACCCCCUCGUGUUUGUGUGCUCUAGUAUAGAUCAGGCUGUAACGCAAGUGGACGACAAUGUGAAUGAAGCUGAGGCGAGUAUCCUGCUGGAUGAGGUGAAUAAGUUUGCCAAGAGUUGGCCUACUGCUAGCUGGGGACCUGUGGACCUGUCUCAAGCCUGCAUCAUGAGUCCAUCAUAUUCACAACUAACGAUAAUCAACCAGCUAAUUCGUAAGGAGGCAGUGUCUGGAAAGCUGAAGACUAUAAAGAGACUACCCACUUAUGACAUGCAAGGUAGGGAGUUCCGAGCUCUGUUCCUAAGUACCUCUGAGCAGACCCACUCUGAUUCUUCGACCCAAACCCCGACCAAAAGUUUCUGUGAUCCUCACAUCUUCAAUACAUCUAUUACUCGAGCCCAGUCACUUAUGGUUUCCGUUGGCAACCCGUUCCUACUGCUCAAGACAGAGCAAACCAUGCUGGAAAAAUACGGAAAGAAAGAGAAAAUUUGGAGUAAUUAUCUCAAGAGAUGUCUCAAGUACCAUUCUUUCAUUAUCCCCCCAUCUUUAAACGUGAGCAAAAAAAGAGCGAGAGCUAGUCGGUUGCUGCUUGAGGAUGAACUUGACGAUGCACUUGACGAUGAAGCUGUCCUCAAUGGCACAAGUAACGAAGCCACUGGAUCUAGUAUGAAAGACGAUGUUAUUCAACGUUCUUCAUCUUCAAUAAGUACGCAGAGUACCAGUGGUACUAGUGCAAAGGCUGUUAGCAGACUGGACGAGUAUGAGGUGAAGUACCCACCGAUUGGCAAGGGAGGCUUUGGUGUGGUGUUCCAUGUGAAGUACAUUAUGGACAAGCGUGAAUAUGCACUGAAGAUAAUCAGGCUUUCUGACAUCUCUUUUUAUAGCCCUAAGAAGCAAGACAAGGUGCUUAGAGAGGUAAUGGCCUUGGCUAACCUGGAACACACCCAUAUCGUCCGUUACCACACAUCAUGGAAAGAGAAAGCUCCGGAUGGGUGGGCAACAAAAGAGUUGUGGUCUAUGCUAAAGAGUAGUGAUUCAUUGCCAACUGCACUGAUCCCAGUAACGACAGCAAUGGGGUCUACAUCCACAACUUCCAGCUCCACCCAUACAACAAAUACUUCCACCAGCACACAUGUUGUCUCUGCUGACCUCUCGAUAGGUGCUUUUGGACCGACCUCUUACACUGCUGACUCAGUAGUCUCAUUUCAUGACAGUGCUAACUCUCCACCUGCCCACUCUCAAGCUGCUCAAUCCCUGAUAACAGAAACUGCCAUAGACUUUGAGGCCAAAUGUCUUCAACCGUCCCUUCCACUCGAUCCUCCAACAUGCCUGUUUAUUCAGACAGAGCUUUGUCAGAGGGACACAUUGCGCACCUGGCUGAACAAAAACUGUGAAGAGAAGAGUCGAGCUAAGAGCCAGGUUCUGAGCUUCUUCAAACAGAUCCUUAAAGCACUGGUGUACAUUCACAAGGAGGGCUUUGUACAUCGGGACCUGAAACCACCUAAUAUUUUUUUCUCUCGGAGUGAGGGAACUUUAAAAAUUGGAGAUUUUGGGCUAGCAAGAAUAGUGGCCAUGCCACUUGGAGCCCCUACAGGUUUAGACACUGCCAAAAAUGGCUCAGCUGAUGGCCACUCUAAAGGCAGCAUGCAGGCUGGAACUCUCCUGUACAUGAGCCCAGAACAAAUCAAAGGGAAAACGUGUGAUGAGAAGUCAGACAUGUUUGCUCUGGGUAUCAUCUUGUUUGAGCUUCACUAUAUCAUCGAGGCCAGAAACCAGGUGCUAUCAGUUCUGCGCAAUCUGGAGUUCCCUCCCAAAUUUAAAGAGAACCUUCCCAAUGUGACAAAAAUUGCGAAGCUAUUGCUGGCAACAGACCCUGCUGAGAGACCAACAGCUGAUGAGUUAUUAACCAAGAAUACUUCUCUUCGGAAUCUCUCAAAGAAAAUGAGAAAGAUCAAGGACGAUUGGAUUCUUAAAUUCUAGUAUUAUUACAAUGUACAUUCUUAAGUUUCUAUACAACUUAUAGCUUGUUAGCUUCAUUUUCAGUGUGAGUUAGUAGUGUCAAAAUUAUUAGUUACUAGCUGGUACAUGUGACUGUGCUAUAUAAUAUAGAUCUAAUUAUAUCUUAUGUAUCUGUUUAUAGCAGUUUUAAAAAAAUGUUCCCGUG